GUCCCCUUUUUUCCUGAGUUGUUUUUUUGCACAGAUGAGCUGCUUUGCAGAGACUGGAGGGUUUUCUUGUUUGUCUGUUUUAUACCUAUAGCUGUUAAGUCAUCCGUUCUGUCGUUAACCCUCAGAUUUAUGUCGGUAGGUGGUUAGUUAGUUAGUGUAGUAUUAUCAAGCUCGUGCAUUUGUUUUUGAGUGGACAUCAAAAAAUAAAUUAUACCAAAUUCGUGGAAAAUACAUCAAAAACUGGAUCUUCUACUAUAUUAGAAUAAAACAUUAGAUAUGCUUAUUUAAGUCGUUGUUGUUACACUUAUCCGUUCGCUAUGUUGUUGAAAGAAAACCAGGUCAGCUUAAGUGUUUUCACGUCUGUAACGGACUCAAGUGAUGAACCGAUUCGAGCUGCGGUUCCUCCGUCUGUGGAGCUCGGACUCACCAUUGUUUAUACCAUCCUAUAUUCGCUACUUUUUGUGUUUGUUUACUUGCAACUUUGGCUCAUUUUGCGUUAUGGACACAAGCGCUUCAGCUACCAGACUGUCUUUCUUUUUCUCUGUUUGCUGUGGUCAGCGCUAAGGACUACAUUAUUUUCAUUCUACUUCAAGAACGUUGUCCAAGCAAACCAGUUGCAGCCUUUGCCUUACUGGCUGUUGUACUGUUUUCCAGUAUGCCUCCAAUUUUUCACUCUGUGUCUGCUCAAUCUUUAUUUUGCACAGGUAAUGUUUAAAGCCAAAGCAAAGUAUUCUCCGGAGCUCAACAAAUACAAGCUGCCCAUGUGUCUGGCGUUCAUCUUUGCCAGCCUUUUCUUCCUCGUAGUAAACCUGACAUGCGCCAUGCUGGUGCAGGGGGGCAUAGGGGGUGGCAUGGGGGGCGAGGCAGGCGAGGCAGAGGUGCGGCAGGUGGUGCUGGCCCGGGUGCUGGUCAACGACAGCCUCUUCGUACUCUGCGCCAUCUCGCUGGCUCUGUGCAUUUUCAAGAUUGCCAAGAUGUCCUCGUCCAACGUCUACCUCGAAUCCAAGGGUACGUCAGUGUGCCAAGCUACUGUCAUAGGUGCUGCAGUCAUCCUGCUCUACACGUCCAGGGCCAGCUAUAACCUGGUGGUGGUGGCUCUCUCUCCAGAGAACCGUCCCAGCGCCUUUAACUACAGCUGGUACAACGUCUCUGACCAGGCAGACAUAGAGAAGAUCAGUGGAGAGGCCUACAUCAUCUUUGGGAUCAUCCUCUUUUUCUGGGAGCUGCUACCCACCAGUCUAGUCGUGGUCUUCUUCAGGGUACAGAGGCCCAAUCAGAACCUAGCACCAGGAGGAAUGAUCAACAGUCACAGCUUCAGUUCCAAGGCCUAUUUUUUUGAUAACCCCCGGAGGUACGACAGCGAUGAUGACCUGUCCAGGAGCAACAACUCCAGAGCUGAUCGACCGAAUAGUUUCCUGUCCUCGACGCCCCAGUUGGACCCCAGCUGGUACAGCUCCACCCAGAGGAACGGCAGCCUUACAGGGAUCCCCCAUCUCCCCACCGGCUCCCAGACCUCCACUGCACCCCUUCUCCUAGCCUACGGCAACAUCCAGACCAGCCAGCACCAUAACUACUAUUACCCCCAGAACUACUAUUCUACCCCCCAGAAUCACUACUGCACCCCUCAGAACUAACCACCCCCGCCAUCCCCAGUAGAUACCCCUGAAAGUAAUCCAGAAAACACUCAGGAAAGGGGCGCUCCUGACCUUCAGCUACAUGGCUACGACUCUCUGGGUUACCCUGGCGAUCCUGUGACUGGUGGUGUGUGGCCACGCCUCCCUCAUUCCAGCUUUCGACCCGGUCCCACCCCACCAGGGCAACUUAACUACCCGUCUUGUUGUAGGCAUGGUGACGACCAUUGGGAUUUCUAGGGCCAGACGAGGGGAGAUCAUUUGAGGUCAGUGGUGGUUAGGGAAUGGUCAGCUGAGUGAUAUUCUGUUUAUUAAAAAAGCUUUCCAACAUGUCUAUUAUCACAGUCUUGAAACAAAAAAGGUCUGCUACCCAACCCGAGCCCAACGGCCCCCGACAUUAUACAUCGGGUUAGGGCCAGGUAGGGUCUAUUUUUUUUCGUCAAUAACUAGAGAACGCGCAGGGCUCGGGUAUCACUAGAUUGAUCACUAACAUUUUGAAGCUGAACCAUGUGUGUUCUCUGCUGCGCAGUACAGUCAUAUUUAACUAAGUUCUUCAACCGCAUUACAUAUAAAACAUGAGAGAUUAUUUCACAGAAAAUAAUAAUGUCCCUUAUUAAGUUUUUUAGGAGUUUAGAGGGAUGAAAAGUAGCCCAAGCAGAGCCAUUGCUAUGGAUACUCAGACUCAGAGCCACCAUGAGCUGAGCGGAUGCAGAGCGAGUGACAGACGGAGGAGCAGCUAAUGGAUUUACAAACUGAGGAAGUUAUUUCUGAUUUGGGGUUUUUGGCAGGGCAUUAAAUUUGGCAGAAGCAAUUGGG